GUCGAGCAAGAAGUCCAGAAACGUGCUUCACCAGAUAGGAAUACCCACAAGUGUCAACGAACUAAUCUCUAUUUGCACAGAAUACUAAUUAAAGGUGUAGUGGAAGUCAAACUACCUGCGGCCAGAGGCAUAUCUCGCGCUUAAUUCUACAGAGAGGACCGUGCAGGCCGUCGUUGCGUGAAUCGUAGAUGAGUUACGUAAAGUGAAUGAAAGCAACUGCAAUACGCCAGCCGCGAUUCGUUGACUUCAAGUUCUCCAGUGACCCAAGAAGCCUCUCGAAACUCAAGUAUCCUUUUCGAAAGAAACAGCCCCAAAAUUGAAACAGCCGUAAAAUCGACAAUUCUCCAAAUUUUUGAAAAUCCUUCGAGAUACGUUCAAAUACUAUUAAAGACUACAAGAUAUCAAAAUUUCAUCAAAGUCCAAGGUGGUACUUCAAAAAAUGUCUUUCACAUGGAAUGACCUUAAUAUCGUGAUUGAUUCUUGAAAGAUACUUCACUUCUACGUACUUACACAUACAUGAAUCUUACAUUUACACCAAAUAAACAAAAGGAAAAUUUUAAUCAAUUCUAUUUUAAUUUCCAAGUUCUAUAUUUCAUGCUGAAGUCUAACUUCUAAAAGCUCCUCUCACCUACAUGGUAGCACCGCACGCAAUAACAGAGAUACAUACCCAGUCACUCCGUAAAAGUAGGUUAAAAUCAUACAGGAGGGCAAGCUGAGCUCUUUCUUCUGUCCACCCUACCAAGCAAACCAUGCUUCUCAAACAAUAAUAUUUGAGAAGCACUGCGCCAGGUGAAAAUAGCGUAUUGGCGCGAAAAAACGAACGUGCCCGAUAAGCUCGGCGACGGUGAAUCAGGGCUGGCGAUUCAACCCGGCAAAGGCGGACAGGAUUCGCGGUAAUCUCGCGUGGCAGCCUGUCGGCGGUUGACCACGAACACCCGGUAUAUAAGAGCGGGCCAGCCGGCUGGCGAGGCUCAGUGCAGUCCGAUGGGAUAGGUAGAACCGAUUCUCUGGUCUAGCAGCUAGUGGCGUGUAAGAUCUCGACAAGCGAGAACGUGCCAGGACGACGAUGCCGCGCUGACCGCGACCGGAGACCAAGGAAACAGCCGCAAAUUAUUAUCCUUUUUCCCACUGGCGACGGAUGGGCCACGGCUUGGCCUCAGUGACCAUCUCCUGCUCGUGAUGCGAGCAACUCGUCUGGAGAACUAUCGGUUCUGACAGUAGAGGAACGCUGAGGAAGGAUGUGGCGUUUGGUUUUUUUUCUGAUUGGCGCUGCGAUGGCGGGGGAAUCGGGACCCGAGAUCGAAUAUCCCGACAUACCAAUUCAAUAUUCACCCUUGCCCCCGGAAGAAGAUGCGCCUGUGCUUCUUCGUGGCAUGCUUUAUCCACGAGAAAGCGAAUCGCGAGAGGUAAAAAUUCUCGAUGGUAUGUGGGACUUCGUCGUUUCACCAUCAGGAGAUGCACUGAAGGGCUACAAGGAAGGAUGGUUUGCCAACUAUUUGUCGAAGGUAGGAAAAGUGAUGCAAAUGCCUGUUCCAUCGUCCUACAACGAUAUCACAACCUCGAGGGAACUUAGGGACCACGUCGGAGCUGUCUGGUACCAACGAACAUUCUUUGCUCCCUCUUCUUGGCGAGAACAAAGGGUCUUCGUCAGAUUUGGUUCGGUCAAUUACCUCGCACAGGUGUGGGUAAAUGGUGGACUAGUGACCAACCAUGAAAUGGGCCAUCUACCAUUCGAGGCCGAGAUCUCGUCUUAUUUAAACUACGGAGAUAAAAAUAGCAUAACAGUGGCAGUAGAUAAUACGUUACUACAAACAAGUGUCCCGCAAGGACGGAUCGUGGAUACUGCUGUUGAUAACGGAACUGUACACACACAGACGUAUACUUUUGAUUUUUUCAACUACGCUGGUAUACACAGGCCCGUUUUGCUGCACACAAAACCGCGUGUGUACAUUGAAGAUAUAACGGUAAGGACGGGAUUUGUCGGUGACGUAGGUAUAGUUAAAUACUCCAUUCAGCCAGCAGGUUUACACGGGAACGAAAUUCCGAUCUGCAGAGUGAGCCUGCUCGAUGCUGACGACACUUUAGCUAUAAAGGAGCCAGUGUAUGGAAUUUCCGGUACGCUGAAAGUUCCACUUGUUAAACUCUGGUGGCCCAGAGGUAUGGAUCCUAACCCUGGAUACCUGUACACCUUGGAGGUGACGUUGUCUGUGACGAAUGACUCCAAAGUCGACGUCUAUAGACUACCGAUUGGCAUCAGGACGUUGACCUGGACGAAUACCAGUUUACUCAUUAACAACAGACCAAUGUACCUGCGGGGAUUUGGCAGACACGAGGAUUCUAUCCUGAGAGGACGCGGACUGGACUUGGUGACCGUGGCCAGGGAUCAUGAGUUACUGAAAUGGGUCGGUGCGAAUGCUUACAGGACCAGUCAUUAUCCUUACAGCGACGAAGUACUCGACUUGGCUGACAGGAUGGGAUUCCUAAUUAUCGAUGAAUGCCCAUCCGUGGACACGGAGAACUUUUCACCCACCCUCCUCUCCCGUCACAAGGAGUCGAUAUCGGAACUUAUAAGGAGAGAUAAGAACCGUCCUUCAGUGAUCAUGUGGUCCAUCGCCAACGAGCCUAGAACGCAAUUACCGGAAGCUGAGGAAUACUUUAAACAAAUUGCCCAUCACACGAAAGCGGUCGAUCCUACUAGACCGAUUACCAUUGCGAUGGCUCGAGCUGUUCAGGAGGAUAAAGUUGGCGAAUAUCUUGACGUGAUUAGCUUUAAUCGUUAUAACGGUUGGUACAAUAACCCUGGUCGCAUCGACACAAUUACGAAUAGGGUUGUAGGGGAGGCUGAGGCAUGGCAUAGGAAAUAUAAUAAGCCCGUGCUUAUGUCAGAGUAUGGAGCUGAUACUAUGCCAGGAUUACACGAGCUGCCCGAGUAUGUAUGGAGCGAAGAAUACCAAACAGAAGUAUUUUCGAAACAUUUUGAGGCAUUCGAUCAAUUAAGAAAUGAGGGUUUCUUCAUUGGGGAAUUUAUUUGGAACUUUGCUGACUUCCGGACAGCUCAAACGUACAUUAGAGUGGGUGGCAAUAAAAAGGGAAUAUUUACCAGAGAAAGACAACCAAAAAUGGCAGCUCAUCACGUCAGAAAAAGGUACUACGCCCUCCAAAGGGAACUGGAUGGAACAGAGAUGCCGGUGGAUCUCGAAAAUUACGUUUCACCUUACUACCCUCCACAUACAGAACUCUAGUAUCUUUUUUAACACUUUGUAAUUUUUGUUAAUGAAUUUUGAAAGACAAUUGUUUGUUGUUGGUCGAUAAAUAAACGUUGUACAAAAAUUAUUUACUCGUUUCCU